GUUCCUGUAUACAUCUAUUCUUCCUCAGGCUGAAGCAGAGGCUGCGAAGUCCGACUUCAGUGCAGUUCCGACGCGCCAACAAAGCUUGUCACAGCUUUAUAAAACCCACCAAACGUUUUGAAGCUUGCGUAUCCUAAUAUCCCUUUUCAACACCACCUGUCAGCUGUCGAUGGCCCAGCCGGCUCCAGUUCACGUCGUCCUUGGAAACAGGGCGACCGUUUUCACGGACGCUGCAGCAUCAUUUCAGGCGGCUCAGUCUGCAGCUCAAGCUGAGGAUGCAGCUGCGCCAGCAUGGGCGAAGAAGAUGGAAGAGGACCUGAAGAAGACUAUGGAGCGGGUUGAGGGCGAGGUGAAGAAGCUGCGCAGCGAGCUCGUGCCCUAUCGCGCCGCGGCUGCGCGCUCGCACAACAAGGCCAUCAUCAACGACGAUGAGGCCCUGCUCGAGGUCCCCGCUGCCAACGGCGAAGUUCCGCCCGACUUCCCCAAGACCCGGGGCGCCGUGAAGGCCCUGAACGGACAGCAGCUUAAGAACCUCCUGGAGGCGUACGGCGUCAAAGAGAUCAUGCGCGAGACGCAGGCCCGCCGCAUGCAGCUGGGACCUGUGCUCGGCAUCAAACAGGCAUAAAGCCCCUCGCUGCACGCCGACGGCCUCGCGCUGCUCAAGGCGGGCGAGGCGCCUCACGGCGGCGCGGCGGCCAGCAUCGUGGACCACGCCGUGUACACGUGGGUGGCGUGGCGUAGCAGUGGUAGGGGUGAGGGCCUGUGGGGGGCUGUGGGGGGCAUGAAGGGACGGGGUCAUUCAUUCCAGAAGCCAUAUCAACCUGCAACUGGGGUUGCAAUCGGGGACCUGCGCGUGAGGUGCUGUUGUCUUAUCUCCUC